UGCUAAAGUUGGAAUUGGCUUGUUCGGACUGUCGUGGUCGCCGUUCGUUUCUUUCAACGUCGACCAGCGUCGGCCGUCGUCUCUGGACCCCCUCAGGCCUUCAUCCCAAACGUCCAAUUCCCUCAGCGCUGCGCAAAGUCGCUCUUUCGCGUCAUUCGUUUCCUAGAACCUCUCGUGCGAUAAGAGGUCCUGAACUAGUAGCACUGGAGCGGAUCAAAGGAGAGCGGCGACCGCCCAUCAUCUACGGACAUCGCGACCACAAUAUAUCAUCGCCGGAGUUAAUAGUCUUUCUUUACAAUAAUAAUCAUGGGUUCGACCCAAUUCGGCAAUUUCCAUGACUUUUGUCGGGAUUCUACGUUACCAAUAUGCAAUAUAUUUGUUGCGAAUAAUCAACCGCCUAACCGUGCAUAUGGUGGCUGUGCUCUGACGGGAAUCGAUCUCAGCGGAGGUCGCUAUCUGGGUAAUCUGGGGUCAAUUAUUCUGGCAUUCAUCUCGAUACUAGCCUCCAUCUUUCUAUUAUGGCGAUCAGAGCGGAAAAAGGCAGCGGUGGGCAGAAGGGAAAUGCAAAUAUUUUUAAUCGGCUACAUAGUAAUUGAGAUUUGUGAGAUCUUCACGGUGGGAGCUUUUCCACUUGAUUCUGCUGUCCGAAAGGGCUUCACCGCGGUUCACGUGGCAGCGAUCACAGCAACGUGCUGGAUUCUUCUGCUUAACGCCUUGGUCGGCUUCCAAUUCCUUGAUGAUGGUACACCGGCUUCUAUCGGUUUAUUCCUAGCUUCAGCCGGCGUUCUCUUCAUCGGCACCGGUUACAUUACGCUUGAUACUGCCUUCAGCUGGACAGGUCAUUUUGAUUCGAGUUACCAUGGACAUAACCGCAAUAUCGCGCUUUACGUGCUCUAUCAGUUAUUCCCGCUGGUUUGCCUCGUGUUCUUCUAUGUUCUCGAGUCUGUACUUGUUCUCCGAGUCCUUGGGGAGACUAAGCCUAUGAUAUACCUAUCUCUCGCUGGUCUCCUAUUUGCCAUCGGCCAAAUCUUCGAAUACGUGAUCAGCACUCAUCUCUGUCAGGCAUCUCACGGGAAAAUUAAUGGUGCAUUGUUCGAGACUUUCUUCACGUUACUUGGCGUCGUGACUGUCUGGAUCUUCUGGAGCAGUAUCACGGAAGACGACUGGCCGAUGCCUAUCACCGCUGGGGGCGGAUACACCUGAUCGAGCCAACCCACGUAGAGGGAGGAAGCGAUCAGGUUAAUAUUUUGAUUGGGGGAGAAAAUCGAUACCAUAUUCUGCCCGGGUUUGCGUUGUUUUUGAUUUUUGGCUUUUAUUCAGCAAGUUUCGAUUCUGCCGGCUUUCUG